UCGGGGUUGGAUUGGAGGGUGGCGGGAGCGAUUGUCGCCAGAGGUCAACGCUUCCUCGCGGCGACCCUCCUGAUCAGUUUCUCUAGGGGGGGGGGGGGGGGGUGAGGGCAGACGCUCGCCUUCCUGUCGCCGUCCGUCGAAGGAUCUGCCCUUCACUAAAAUGUCGGCGCCGAUAAGAAGUUAAGAACAUUGGGUAGAUGGAGAGCCAUGUUGAAACAUGGCCAGAGGGCCAGCAUUCCCAGGAGGCUCCAGGAGGUGUUCAGGCGGCCCCUGGAACUGAGGAAGAAUGUGCUGUUCUCUACUCGGAUGCUGAGGACGACCCCUCACUCUUGACGGUCAAUGGAGCAGGCCCCCGAGCCCCCUUUCAUUGCUCUGAAUGUGACAAGAGCUUCCGCUACCGUUCGGACCUGCGGCGCCAUUUUGCCCGACACACUGAACUGAAGCCUUUCCAGUGCCCUCACUGUGUCAAGAGCUUCAAGCAUUCUUUCAACUUGGUGAACCACAUCCGGAGCCACACUGGGGAGCGCCCCUAUCGCUGCACCAUGUGCCCCAAAGGCUUCCGGGACUCCACGGGGCUUCUUCACCAUCAGGUGGUCCACACUGGAGAGAAGCCAUACUGCUGCCACAUCUGCGAGCUCCGUUUCUCCUCCCGCAGCAGUUUGGGCCGCCACCUCAAGCGCCAGCACCGGGCAUCUCCUGCCACCGCAGCCCCUCAAGCGCCUACCCCGCGCUGCUUGGCUUGCGGCAAAGAGCAGAGUCCCUUGGGGCACCUUUGUGCUGCUGGCCGAGGCCGGGCCGCCCCUUUUGGUUGUGGGGCCUGCGGGCGGCACUUCCAGCUAGCCUCUGAACUUCGCCGUCAUUGGCUGGCUCAUACCGACAUCAAACCCUUUAAAUGUCCAGAUUGCGAGAGAGAUUUCAAUGCUGCAUCCCUCUUGGAACGCCAUAAACUCACUCAUGCCAAGGACAGGCCCCCGCCGUGCCAGCUUUGCUCCAAGAAAGCUCAGAAGAGGGAUGGGAGGAUGCUAGAACUGAAGGGCAUGAAGGAACAGCCAAAAGGCGGUGAGCAGCAGCAGCCGCAGGAGGCCCAGCAGCAUAGCAGAGGCUGUCCAUCCAGCCACUCUCCCGAUACUCGCCCCCCAGACACGUUGUACCAGUGUGAGUGUGGAACGUUUUUUGCCAACAGCAGCACCCUUGCAGCUCAUCUGACUGCCCACGGAGGCGAGCCCUCUUUCACCUGUGGCAUAUGUGGCCAGCCCUUUGUGAACUUGCAGGCUCUGGAGGAGCACCAGCUGAGCCACGCUGUGUCCACAGCACCAGUGCCGGGUCCAGGCAGCGAGCUAGAACGCCACCUGUUGCCCCAGUUAGAACUCCGGACAUUUCCAACUCAGCCCGGCAAGAAACUCUACAAGUGCAGCGAAUGUGAGAAAUUCUUCCGAAGUCCCCGAGAUCUGGACCGUCACGUCUUGGUGCACACCGGUGAGAAGCCCUACCAGUGCACUGAAUGCGGCAAGUUCUUCCGGCAUGAAUGUUACCUGAAAAGGCACCGUCUGUUGCACAGUGGCGAGCGUCCUUUCAAGUGCACUGUGUGCCACAAGGGUUUUAUCACCCUGAGCAACCUCUCCCGCCAUCUCAAGCUUCACCGAGGGAUUGACUAGGAGGGCUAUCCUGAACUCCUCUAAGCAUAACCCUCCUUCCCCGGCGCUACCUCCAUCCCACAGUGGCAUCCACAGAAGUUCCUGUUUUGGAGGUAGACUUCUGCCUGACGUUCUCGAACUCUGCCUGCCCUGCCCUCCUUCCUGGUUCAGUACUUUAGGGAAAGGACUUGAAAGGAUAAAAAAUAUUAUUAUUAUUAUUAUUUACCAAUGUUCCACUACUGUUAAUAGAGUACAUUGCACAUGCUUGGCAAAUUAUAAGGUGUGUCGGGUAGAAAGGAAUAUCUGCCCUGAUCUGUUCCAGAAAAGUUUUUUUUUUAUUUCAGAACAGGAAUAUUCAGAGCCAUGCAAAGAAAUUAUGAGAGGAAAAAAACUUUGUUUAAGUGUCUAACGUCUGAAGGUACUUGCGUGUGCGUGAGCUUAACAGUGCUGAAAUGACUUUGGCCAAUAGUCCUGGAGAAAGAGCUUUGAGGCAGAGCCAUACUCUCUCUCCAGGGAAUGAGGAAACUUUGCUGGAUAUUUAAAGAGGCAGAAUAUUUCUUCACCCUUCAGUAUUUCCCAAUCACUUUAGUACUGGGAUCUUGUACUAAAAGGCAGCACAAUUGGCCAGAAAGGAUAAAUGUGCACAAAUCUAACAUGCUGUCAUUCUUUUUAGUCUGUGUAGUUUUCUUUCCUUUUCCCGUUCUGUUCUUGAUGGGACUACAGUUAGAUGUACUUCCUGUUCCUCAAAGUAGAGAAAUCUUAUGUCCCUCAUAAUAAUCAUUAUCUCCGAAGGUUAAAUAGGGGUAACAUGUUUAUGUCAUAAUUGUACACAUCUGUAAUUUACUGAGAAUAUCCAAAAAGGUUCAACUUGAUUUAGAGAAGCCCACAACUACAAGAUUUGAGGACUUUUGCUUCACAGUAUGUAUGGUACCAAAGGGAUAUUAGAAAAGGGAUAUUAGGUAUUGAAAAAUAAUUCACACCGUUGAUUAAAAAAAAAAAAUCACAAAAUUUAACAGUCUGUCUCUUCUCCUCCAAAUAUCAGCCUUUUAUGUUUAUUUUAUUUAUCUCUCAUCUUCCUACAGCUUCCACCAGCAUUUCUAGCACACACCGUCCAAAUUUUCUUCACAGCAACAAUUUUAUGAGGGAGUCUGGGACAGCUGGACAGCUUGAGGAGGGUGAAUUCUGUUUCCCAUUUUUAAUUUUGAGAUAUGACAUGUUUUCUCCUUUUUUAACUUAUCAGCCAGAAGAAUGCUCACUUGGGACACCUCUGCUAUUCCUUUCUGAAAACUGUGUAAAGGCCAAAUAGAUGCCUUUGCUUUGGUGUGAAGUUUCAAGACAGAGAAACUUAGUAUUUAAUAGAAGGCAAUGUUUAACAAGAUAAUUUAAGAGUAUUUAUCAUUUAAAUGGUAAUAUUGAGGAGCUGGUAUAUUUCUCCUUCAUGGCUGUAAGAAGGGUGAAAUUUUGAGUUGGCCUAAGAUUCUGUAUAAUUUCAAAAUGAUAUUUCAAACUGCUAAUUUUGUUAGCUGCGUAGUAUCAUCUCACAAAGAUUGAGAUGUCCUAGGACAAAGCAAAGCUCACAUUUAUGUGUUAAUAACGGAGAACAAUGGAGAACAAACUAAAAAGCAAGGCAUAUUAUUUAAAUCAGGGAUAUUUAGCCUCAGCAACUUUAAGACGUGUGGACUUCCACUCUGAGAAUUCACCAGCCAGCAUGGCUGGUUGGGAAUUCUGGGAGUUGAAGUCCACACGUCUUAAAGUUACCAAGGUUGGAGACCCUGCUCUAAACUAAGAAAUUAGAAUAUAGCGAAUAGCUGUAUGUUCUUGUACUUUAUAUGAAAACCUAACACUGGGUUGGCUUUGCUUCAUAUUCUUGCCUGUCUGCUGCCAUCCAUAAGGUCUCCUGGCUGAGCAGGCUCAUUUCUCCGUUCCCUACAAAUUCUGGAU